AUGGGGUGCAACAUGUGUGUGGUUCAAAAGCCAGAGGAACAAUACAGGGUCAUGUUCCAGGUGAAUGGGAAGGAGCUGUCCCGCCUUUCUGGGGAUCCCACCCUGGACAUACGGGACCCCGUGCUCUCCAACAUACUGAGGCGGGGGGCCCGCAGGCGGGCGGGCCUAGCAGGAGCUCCCGGAGGGUUAGUGCCAGUGACCAUGGGCAUGGCCGACUGUGUAGACAGCUGCACCCAAACAGACAUCAGCUUCCAGCAUAUGUUGACUCUGGGCAAGAGCAGCCAGCAUCCCUGUGGAGCUCCACCCCCACCCGACCCUCCGCCGUCCCCUCCACUACCACCGCUACUGGAGCCGUAUCUACUCAAUGAACUCUUUAUAGAGCCUGUAUACUAUGACCCCACUGACUACUUCGAUAUCACUCAGCAUGAAGUGGACAGGCAGGAUGAGCUGGAAUAUGAGGAGGUGGAGUUGUAUAAGUCUCGUCAGCAGGAUAAACUCGGGCUGACAGUGUGUUACAGAACCGAUGAUGAGGAGGACCUGGGAAUAUAUGUAGGAGAGGUGAAUCCAAACAGUAUUGCUGCAAUAGAUGGCCGCAUCCGCAAGGGAGACAGAAUACUACAGAUUAAUGGAGUGGACAUCCAGGACAGAGAGGAGGCAGUAGCUAUUCUCACCAGAGAGGACAGCACUAAUGUCUCCCUGCUCCUUGCACGACCCGAGAUAGAGGUGAGGAAAUUGGAUAUGCAGUCUUCGGGGAGCACUGCAAUUUUCAGUCUGAAUACUGACCUAAAAAACAUUCUUCGAGCCACUGGACAACACUGUCCAUCUGCCCAGCAGCCACAGAGUGAGGAACACAGGGAUUCACCUGAUUUGCUCCAGACGGUGCUGAGCAACAGUCAGGAGCUGGACAGUGGGGUGGGCCGCACAGAUGAAAGCACACGCUACGAAGAGUCAUCAGAACACGACCUUCUGGGAGACGACCACACUAGUGCCUCCAAUACAAACGCCACCAAUACACCUGGCAGUAUGCGCAAGUUUUUGUCCGGUAGAGGGGACACUCCACCCUUGCUGCACUCCCAGGACCUCCAGUUCAGUACUGACUCCCUCUUAGGGCUGGACUGUGUUAAUGGGGGAGGACUGGAACAGGUGGAGCGACUGGAGAGGGCCUACAUGGCGGAUCCUGUGAGAAUGAUGAUGCCUGGGCUGACUGAGGAGGAGUGUGAGAGGUACAAAGAGCUCCUGGAAAUCAAGUGUUACUAUGAGAAGAACAGUAACGCUCUGCUGCUGCUGGCAGGCCAGGGGCCAGCACAGGAGGGAGGGGGUGUCUCACUGGAUGUGAAUAGGAAUGAGAGCCUGACGCAGCAUGAGAUGGCCCUUCUGGAAGAGGAAUUGCGCCACUUGGAGUUCAAGUGUCGUAACAUCCUGAGGGCGCAGAAGAUGCAGCAGCUGAGAGAGCGUUGUUUGAAGGCUUGGCCUCUAGAGGACAAGAAUGGAGCAAGUGCAGGGGCUGGAUUAGGAGCUGGACGCUUGGACAUUAAUGGUACUUUAGUCAGUGAGGAGUCCUGUCACCACGCUCUGUCAGAUAUCAAUGAGCUUCCAGAGAGGGAGCGUUCUGAUAAGGACAGUACGAGUGCCUACAACACCGGAGGGGAAAGUUGCAGGAGCACCCCUCUAGUCAAUGAACAGUACCCUUCACCCUCUACACAGAGCCUGGAGGGAGGAGAGUUUCUUUGUUCAGCAGGUAUGCAGCUUCCAACUUCCACAAGGCAAAGAGAGAGAGGGACCAGGGCUGAAAGAGGGGAUGGGGUACAAGCAAACUUAAACCAACCCUACUCUCACACUCACAGAAGAGCUGCUGAGGCUAAGACUUCCAGUCCUGGAGCAAAAGUUAGGUCCCUGUCCCGGGAUGGAGGAAGCAGGAGGGGCUCAGAUGGGGGGAUGAGACGUAACCCCAAAGACAACGGGACAGCAGAGAGGGCUGGUGGACGCAGUGCAGAAAACAGCCCUUACCUGUCACGUCGUCAAACUGAAACAAAGCCACCUCACCGCUACCUGAGCUGCAUGCAGCUGAGGUCGCCCUCCACCUCUGAGCAGCUUGGUGGACUCAAAGAUACUCCCAGAGAGGGGAGCAUGGAGACUGGGGGUGACGCUAGCCCAAUGAGCUUGGGUAGCACAUGUAAAGAUGUUGGGCAGGCCCCAGGUGCUGUACCUUUACCCUUGUCCCCCUCACUGCUGCCUGCCUCCCCUCGUAUGGAGUGGAAGGUGAAGAUCCGCAGUGAUGGCUCACGAUAUGUGGCCAAACGGCCUGUGAGGGAUCGCCUCCUCAAGGCGCGCGCCAUGAAAAUCAGAGAAGAGCGCAGUGGCAUGACAACUGAUGAUGAUGCUGUGAGUGAGAUGAAGAUGGGCCGUUAUUGGAGCAAAGAGGAGCGCAAGCAGCAGCUGCUCAAGGCCCGUGAGCAGCGGCGGCGUAGGGAGUUCAUGAUGCAGAGCCGCCUUGACUGUCUGAGAGAGCGUGAGAGGGAGCAGGGCAGCAGUAGUGGACAGCAGGGGAUGAUGCACCAGCAGGAAUCCACCUCCAUCCUGGAGCUUUGCCACCGCAGGAGCGUGAAGAAGCGCAGUCGCAGAAUCCUGGACAACUGGAUCACUAUACAGGAGCUACUGGCUCAUGGAACCAGGUCUGCUGAUGGGAAGAAAGUCUAUAACCCCCUGCUAUCUGUCACCACGGUCUGA